ACCUUAGACCCCUCGUUCGGCCGGAAACCCUCUGUCCGCAUCCACACAUUCACCCGACUACGCCGAGUUGAGCCCGAUAGUUGGCACCCCGAACGUCGACAGCGUGCUCGUGUGUAGCCUCCUCCUGUGCCGAUUGCACCGAACCCUACAGCUAUGAAUAUCCUCGAAUGGGCCUUCGGCAAGCGUAUGACGCCCGCCGAGCGUCUACGCAAGAACCAGCGAAUGCUCGACAAGGCGAUCCGAGAGCUGGAUCAAGUCCGCGUGAAACUCGAGAAGCAGGAGAAGACCCUCGUCGGCCAGAUCAAACAGAGUGCGCAAAAGGGACAGAUGGGUGCGGCCAAAAUCCAAGCGAAGGACCUCGUGCGUACGAGGAGGAUGUCUGCUGGUCCUGUCUACAGAUACGUCGAGAAGUUUUACGGAAUGAGGAGCCAACUGCAGAAGAUCUCCCUGCGACUACAGACCCACCGAACGAACGAGCAGAUGAUGCAAGCCAUGAAGGGAGCCACCGUGGCCCUAGGGAGCAUGAACAAGUCGAUGAACCUACCGGCACUGCAACGCAUCGCCAUGGAAUUUGAACGGGAGAAUGAUAUAAUGGAGCAGCGACAGGAGAUGAUGGACGACGCCAUAGACGACGCCAUGGACGUGGGUCUAGAAGAGGAGGGUGACGAAGUGGUAGAGCAGGUCCUGGAGGAGAUCGGUGUUGAUCUGAACCAAGCCUUUGGAGAGACACCGACUGGUCUCCAGUCCGACAAGGUUACCGAAAGCCGGGUCGCCCAGGCUAUCGGCGGGCCCAGUGGUGGUGGUGGCGGCGGCGGCGGCGGAGACCCUGGUGAUGAUGACCUCCAGGCUCGUCUUGAUAGUCUAAGGAAGUAGGCCCCGGCCAGAACCUUAUCAGGAUCUUGGUCGGGACCGGGGUGCAUUUGCGGCAACUAUAAAUUCGCUAGAAUCGGGUUUGGUGUAGGAUUUGUGCAUGUGGCUUCUGAGCAUGGAGUGUAGGCAUUCUUGGAGGGUGUUUCUG